AUGAUCAAAGAGGUUGAAGAAGUUCCUUGUGAAAAUACAAAUGAUCGUCCAGAAAUCAGUCGUCUAAUAUUGACUGGCGUGUGGAGACAUCGAUUACGGUCGGAACAACAAAAUUUACAUGAUAUGCAAGAAUUGACUUUGGAUGACAGAGACAUGUCUACAUCGGGACAGAAUGAUUUACAACAAGAACAUUCCACUCCUGUGCUUCGAGUGGUGGUUAGUCCGCUACAAGCAUUACCACCUGGUUAA